GAGCGCGCAGCGGGAGGCGCAUUGUCCGUAUGCAAACCGGACGGCAUGACUAUUGUACGCGCCUGGGCAUAUAUGGAGCCGGCGAUGGCUCGGAGGACACAGCCCGUGUGAAGCCCCGAGAAGAGUCGCUCUCGGCUGAGUUCCGCCCGUCUCCCCUCCUCGGACUUUCUGCCCCUCUCCGCCGCUGUGCUCCGUCGCUAUGAGUUGCCUGGAUGUGAUGUACCAUCAGGGCUAUGGAGCGCACUACCUCCCCGCGGCGGCGUACAAGGCGACCUAUUACAACCACCAUCACCAGCAACAACAACAGAGGAAGUUGAGCGUUUACAGCAAAAUGCAGGAGUGUAUGGAGCAGCAGCAGCCAGGAGCAGGAAGAGGGAUGCUGCCCCGGGAUCAGGGCCUCCGGCAGGGCCCCGCAGUACCGGGCACCGAAUCAGGCCGCGGGGCCUCGUCUGAUUCGGAGCUCAAGGAUGGCACCCAGCCGGCAGAGGCAGAAUACUUGAGUUCCCGAUGUGUGCUGUUCACGUACUUCCAAGGCGAGAUUGGCGACGUGGUGGACGAGCACUUCUCCCGGGCUCUCAGCCAGUCCAGCAGCUUCAGCAGCGAGGCCAAGCCCAUCAGGGUGACCCAGCCGUCAGCCUCUGCCUCCUCCCUCUGGAAAGAUGGUGGCUCUCUCUCGGAAGGUCAGGCCAGCCCAGCUUGGAACAGCACGUAUCCAGCCCAGGGCGGCUCCUGCCUCCCCUCAGUCUCAGUUUCAGUCCACCCAGACUUUUCCCCCAGCCCUGUGUCCUUCAACCAUUCAGACGGAGCCCUGUGGGCCGGCCACGUGCUCUCCCAAACCAGCCUGCCCCCCACCGCCGCCGCCCUCUCAGACAGCUGGACCUACAGCCUGAACUCCCAGAGCACGAGCGGCUACCCGAACGUCCACGAUGUCUACCACCCUCACUCUCACUCCCACCCCCACAUCCACGCCCGGCACCACCACCCCAUGCUCCACACAUACCCGGCCCACAGUCCGGCGCUGGAUCCCAGAUUCAACCCGCUGCUGCUUCCUGGCGUUCGGAGCCAGAGCCAGUCGGCCGCCAGCACGGGGAGCUCCCCGCUCAGCGAGGCGGUGAAGACAGAGAUGGACGCCAGCGGCAGCAGCAGCCCCGUGCCGGCCCCGUCCGUCACCUGGGCCCCCUCCGCAGCUCACGGAUCUUUGGAGGCGUAUGAUUCAGCUCUUGAUCAGACCAAAGCAAAGACAUCAGCUUGGUUUUAACUGAUGCUCGGGCAAAACGAUAGACUAUCAGUUCAUACCAAAAAGGACAUGUUUUGUUGCUUUAUCGGUCUAUGGCUGUAGCACCAGCUCCAGAAUAUAAAACGUAAAUAUAAAAACAUACUUGUAGCAUUGAGAGUCCUGCACUGUCCACACAAACAUCAUGGAAAUUUAAGGCUUGGACCUGAAGGACAGUGAUCGCUUUGGUUGUCAAAACCCUUGAAGAGCAAUAGAAAUGGACUACUGGCUUCAAGAAUGAAAGGCCGCUUCAUUGUCAGCGCAAAACGUCAUAUUUCUCCCACUUUUCUGCAAUGUGAGACCAAGUGGUUCUGUUUCAAGAGCUUGAUUUUGAUCCACAUUUUGUUUUGUACAGUAAAUGUCUGUCGAUGCAUGUAAAUUGUCUUGUGUAGAGUUUUGCCGUGCUAAGGUGUUGUUUGCUGGAUGCCUUUUGCUAAAUCUUGCUUAAAUAGCCAUUUUUUUUUUUUGUUGUUGUGUAAAUAUUGUUUCUGUAUGUAAGUAAUAAAUUACAUUUGC